AUGGCCAGCAGUGAACAGCUCCCGCCCGACUUUGAGCCCGGCUACGGUACCUGCACAGAAGUCACGCCAUACUGCCCCGUUCAGGCCACCAUCUAUGGCUCCUUCUUCAAUCUCCCGGCCAUGUUAUUCUUCUCCAUCCUCUACUUCCUGCUUCUUCUUGCUCACCUUUUUUUCGGCAUUCGCUACCGCACUUUCACCUUCUCGGCAUGGAUCGUCGUUUCUGGCCUGAUGGAGAUGCUCGGCCACGUCGCCCGUGCCGCGAUGCAUUUCAACCCUUGGCCUAUGGGUCUAUUGUCACUCCAAAUAUGUACACUUCUCUGGGGUCCGACACUCACCGCAGCCGGCAUCAGCAUCAGCUUCAAGCAUAUGGUCCACUACUGCGGUGCACAGUAUUGCAUGCUGCCACCGAAGCUCAUCCCCUGGGUUUUCGUCGGCACCGAUAUUUUCAGCGUGUUCUUUCAGGGUUCGGGAGGCAUCAUCGCGAGCGUCAGCAGCGGUGACGGAGACACCACUUCGGGCCUGGCCAGAGCUGGUGAGGUCAUCAUGAUCGCCGGCGUCUGCUUCCAGGUUGCCAACAUGAUUGUAUGCUCCGUCAUCAUGCUGAUGUUCUGGAGGAAAUACCGGCAGUCACGAAAGGUGGGGGACGUCGGCGGUCAACGCUCCAAGUACAGUGAGGAUAAACGUGGAGAUCCCAGUGUUCGGACAAAGUUCACAUGGUUUGCGGGAGCAUCAUCGUUCGCCUUCGGAUGUGUCCUAAUCCGUUGCAUCUAUCGAGUCGCAGAGAUGGCGGGUGGAUGGGCCAACCCGAUCAUGAGGGACGAAGUCAGCUUCAUCAUUUUGGAUUCAACGAUGGUCGCCUUAGCACUGACUGCUCUGGCCGCUGUUCACCCAGGCAUCUUCUUUCCCUCGCUCCGAAAAAUACAGAUCGAGAAAGAUGAUCAUGAGGCACAUGUUGCCCAAGCAGCAUCGGAGAAGCAUGCCGGCGACAGCAGCACCGAUGAACAAGCACAUAGACCGAAGUAA